AGCACCGGGCGCUCGGAUAUUUUCCCCUUCCAGGACCUGCGGCAAUCCAUUCAAGCCAACAAGUUUGGAGAGAAUGUUGAGUUUAAUCAAUUCAGAGCGUCGAGAUGGAGCCCAACUCACUCACGUGGGUCGGCUCACCUUGUGGCUUGCACGGACCGUACAUUUUCUACAAGGCGUUUCGGUUCAAGCUCGAAGCCAAAGCGAGAAUUUUGUCUCUCGGCGAUUUCUUCUUCGUACGCUGUAAACCGGAGGACCCGGUGUGCAUAGCCGAGCUCCAGCUGCUCUGGGAAGAAAGGACAACCAAGCAACUUUUAUCCAGCUCCAAACUUUAUUUUCUGCCAGAAGAUACUCCCCAGGGAAGGACUGUCACUCACGGAGAGGACGAGGUGAUAGCUGUGUCUGAGAAGGUCAUCGUGAAGUUGGAAGACUUGGUGAAGUGGACAGUGUGGGAUGCAUCAUGCUGGAACAAGGGCUUGCACGCACUGCCUCUAAAGCCAUCGAUGCUCAAAGAGCUGGGCAAGAACGGCCAGAGGGAAAGCCUCUACCGCUACCGAGAGUCCACGCUCAACAGCGGCCUCAACUUCAAGGACGUCCUGAGGGAGAAAGCUGAACUGGGUGAAGAUGGGGAAGAUAAGAGGGUCCUGGUGCUAAGCUAUCCACAGUACUGUCGCUACCGCUCCAUCAUCGCACGGCUCCGCGAGCGGCCUGCCUCACUCCUGACGGACCAGGUGGUACUAGCUCUGGGGGGUAUCGCUACGCUCACAAGCAACACUCAGAUUCUCUACUGCAGGGACACAUUUGAGCACCCUACUCUGCUGGAGAACGACAGCAUCUGCGACGAAUUUGCACCCAAUUUGAAGGGCCGGCCCCGGAAAAAGAAAGUCUCCAUGUGCCAGCGCAGAGACUCGCAGGCCCAGAGUGGAAAUGCCAAAGAGCCCGGCAGUGUGGAGGCCAGAACACCCAGCAAGGUGAAAGCAGAAGCAAAAGCCUUGGUGUCGAAACCUAAGACCAGCUCCAAAAAGGUACUAGCCGAGGAGAAGGCCAAGGAGGAGACAGGGGAGGAGUGCCGUGCCGAAGAGCAGGCCUUCCUAGUUGCUCUCUACAAGUACAUGAAAGAAAGAAAGACCCCUAUUGAGCGAAUACCCUAUCUAGGGUUCAAGCAGAUAAACCUUUGGACGAUGUUUCAAGCUGCUCAGAAGCUGGGAGGAUACGAGCUGAUCACAGCACGCCGACAGUGGAAAAAUGUAUAUGACGAGUUGGGUGGGAACCCAGGAAGCACCAGUGCUGCCACGUGCACGCGGAGACACUACGAGAGACUAAUCUUGCCCUAUGAGAGACAUACAAAAGGAGAGGAAGACAAGCCACUACCCCCCAUCAAACCCAGAAAGCAAGAGGCCAGCACCCAGGAGGGGGGCACCAAGUCAAAGGUGCCAUCCACAAAACGCCACAAAGACGAACAGAAUCCAAAGGGCUGGAAUGAAAAGGACGUCUCGGCUAAAGCCCCCGAUCUGUGUGCAGAGGACCUAAAGGACAAGGAGCCGCUUCAGGAAGAAGUGAUGGUGAAGCAAGAGGCACAGCAGUCCCAGGUUCCAGCGCAGAUAGAUGGCGAGGCAGCAAGUCCCACCACCGAGGAUGGGGAUGUGCAGUUGAUUCUCAAUGAGGAGGAGGAGAAGAAACCAGUCCUCAAGAAAUCCUGGGAUGGUGGUCCACAUGAAGCAAUCAAACAUGCAUCACUUCCACAGGAUAGCAUGCCUCUCAAAUCUGAGGACUCUGAGGUGUUUCCCAUUGCUGCAUCUAUGCCACUACGGCACUCUCACCCCAUUCCCAACUGUUACACACAGGACCAAUGGCAGCAUGGGACAACAGAAUACAAUGCACCUCCAUACAACCUGGGAAAGACAGAACAGACUGGUAUAAAAGACAGCCAGAACCAUGUAGGAAUGGUGCUACCUACCUUGAAGCAAAGACCUUUGCAUCCUCUCUCAGUACCAGAGAUACCUACCGAGAGGGCUGAACUCCCAACCAAGGAGGAAAGCUUCUGCUACAAUCCCCUCUUGUAUCCUAGGGGCAACCCUGGUAUAAUGUCCCCCCUAGCAAAGAAGAAGAUGCUGUCACAAGUAAGUGGCACUGGUUUGGCCAACAGUUACCCCUAUGGUCCACCUCCCCCAUUAGUCAACAAAAAGACAUCAAGCAGUAGUCCAGAAGAAACCACUUCUGAGCAAACAGGCACCCAGGUUCCUACCUCUACCGCUGAGGCAGGUGUCGUUAUUAAGCGCCCGUCUGUCAUUCAGCAUGCUCAGAGUUUCAAGCCUCGCAGCAGUGAGGACAGAAGACCUGCUGUUGAAACCUUACAUAGAGAGGUGUGUGGUGAGAGGGAAAUAUAUCCUUCUGAUCAAUCCCAGCAUCAGCCUUUACACCAGCAACAGCCUAGCCCAUCGGGAGAGACCUUUAUUAUGAGAAACACUCUUCACUCUGGGGAGAAAUCCAGUGAGGUACCUCGCCCUGGUCAGGUGCCUUUUCUGGGUGAUUUCUGCUCCUCACCACACCUGCACAGUCUCUACCGGCAAACAGAGCACCAUCUAAGCAAGGAACAGCUAAGCAAGUACCUAAACAGAGAGGUUUACCCACGGGACUGUGAAACUGCACAUGGUUACCCUCAAAGCCCUCUUGGUGAAAAGGUGACAGAGGAGCAACCAACAGAUCUGAGCCUCCCAAAACCCUCUUCACACAAACUGUCCCACUCCACCUCAUCUUUGUGCAACCUGUCACAUUCCAUGAUGCAGCAGGACAUUAAAAACACUCCUCUUUUUCAGGCAGGUAGCACUCAAAGUUCAAACUUGGACUAUCACCCCAGAGCUUGUCGUGUUCCUCCAAUGACUGUGUCUACUCCAAAAAAGGUGGUUGAACCCCAGCUUAAAGCACACAGUGGCCGAGGAGAAGAGACGGUAAGCUACAAGAUAGAUGAACUGGCUCGGCCUAUCCUAAGCACCAAAAGUAGCCCGCAAAAUGUUGGUGCGGCACGGCCGCUUAAACGGAAUCUAGAGGAGUUGGAGAAUGGACCCACAGAGAAAAAGAUUCGGGCUGUGACCCCCUUGCACUGCUCCACCCCUAGAGAUGUCUCAGUGAAAGUGCGGACCCCAGAGCCUGACAAUGAAUCCAUGAAGCCGGCUGAGCCGGCACACGCGCCGCAUAUCAACAGCUACGCUGCCGAGGGACACAAGUUCCCAAUGCACUCCUCCAUCUUCCCAGGACUGUAUCCUGGGGCAUUUGUAUCUCAGGUUCAGGAAAUGUGUGACAGCCUGGGCCCUCAUGCCCCCCCUGGUUAUUCACAUCCCCUGCAGUACUUGAAGAACCAGGCUGUCAUUUCACCACUCAUGCCCCAGUUCGCCAUCCAUUCCAUAAUGAUGCAGAGACAGUUCUUGGCCCAGGCGGCCAGUCCAGCCCACCUGUACAGGCAUCCAAUGGGGACUUCAUAUGGAGACAUUCUUCAUCAUGGCCUUUACCCCAUGACAGCCCUCAAUCCCCAGCCUGCUUUCAGUCCCCCACAGCUCUCCUCAGUUCAUCCCAGCACCAAACUUUCUUAGAAAGACCCAGACAUUCCGCUAGCUGGAGUGGCUUUUUCCACACUCCUGACUCGAACUCAAAUGGGCCCUACUCCCAUUAAGCAUGGCUAUGCCAUCGACUACACAGCUAGCGGGAUUAGAUGCUUAUAUUUUAGGAGCAGUGUUUCUGUUAUUUGUCCUUUUGCCACUCAAGUUUAUGAUUUGCACAUUUCUUUGAACAUGGGCCAGCUGAGCUGAUUGUGUCUUGUUCUGACAGCGCUGUUUGCAGGUAUCAGUUGUCUGGUUUCAAUAAUGUUGCUUCGGCAAAGGUAUAUUCCGACGGAAGAGCAGGAACUCUCGCUGAAGAUCUGAGCGUCCAGUGGAUCUAAACAAGUGACAAAUCAGUGCAAUCACAGUAAUGCUAUUCCAAUCAAUCUGUAGAACUCUGAUGUGAAACACUAUUGAUGACAAAAUUUACAGGAAAUGCUGCCUGGUGAACUAUUGUAUGUUUGCAUAUUAAUCCUUACUGUGCAUCUUAUUUUUUAUGUAUCCGUGUGGUAGCAUAGUGUGUCAAGCCUGCAGGGGUAAACUACUAAGAUCUAAAUAUUGCUCCGUUUAACAAGAACCACAAGAGAGCUGAACAUUGCAGUUGGUUGUAUUACACAGCUACAUGUAAAUAAAACUAACUAAGCUUUCCUUGAAAAAAAGAAAAAACAACCUUAAACUUCAACAAUAAAAUGUGAGUUAGGUUUCACUCGGCUUUUCUGAUCACCCAUCUGCUGGCAUCCCCUUGAGUUCUUCUCACAUUCAGCAAAGUUCCCACCCAUUUGCCAGGGCGAAGUGGAAUGUGUUUGUCAAAUGUAGGACCGAGGUGCUUGUACAUAACUUUAGCUAACUGAAAACACUUUGUAUUAUAUUCACUGGCUACGGUAAAUUCUGACUGCGCUGAACCACAAGUUCUAAAAUGGGAUCGGAUCACUUUGCUCAAGACGGGAUGUAGCUUCAGGACUACUUUGGUGUCAGAAAGUAUGCUUUUGAUUUUGCAGACACACACUUGUGAUCACAGUUUACUCAGAGCAAUUCUUUUCAAGAGUUUUACCAGAGAUAUACCAGGCUACAAUCGGGGAUGUGGGGGUGGCGUGGGGGAGUUUUAGGAGCACUUACUGAAGCACACACAAAAGGCCCCUGCUGAAAGAUGUAUAGCAGAGGAUGUCAAAAUUAGCUUAAAAUAUUCUGCAAAGAAGUGUUAUGGCAGUGAUCAGUUCUUAAAAGCUGUGUAAAACAUGCAACACCAAAAAAGAUUGUCAUUCAAACAAACAAAAAAAAAAAAGGUUACAAUUUCUUUGCACAAAAAUAUUUUGGAAAAAGUACCGAUACAAUUUGAAAGUGACACAAUCUUCUUAGGGUUUUUGUUUCUUUCUGUAUUAGUAGGGAAAAUUAAACUUAAAAGUUCAAGAAAUGUAUUUACUCCAGCUGUUUGGAGUAGCACUCAAGGUUGCUAUGUAACAUUUUUAAUGAGAAAUAAACCAUUUUAUAAGUUGAA